AUGUCUGAUAGUACUAAAGAGUAUCCAAAAUAUUUUACUAACACAUUUUUCCAAAAUUCACUAAAUAUUGAGAACAAAAUAACAAACUUUGAAGUAUCAUUGGCAGUUGGUAAAGGCGAUAAUUAUACGAGUUCUAUAUAUCGUGUGCUUUUAAAUUUGGAAAAUGACAGAAAAAAAUCUAUUGUUGUAAAAUGUUUUGCCGAAGAAGGAAAAUUAAAAGAAAUUUUUGAUGAAUCUGAUUUUUUUGAUGUCGAAACUUUAUCAUUGGCAAAGUUUAUGCCAGAUAUCACCAAAAUGUUGAUGUCAAAGAUGUCUGCAACAAAAUCGAAAUUAAGCGCUGAAAAAAGUGUACCAGCUUGCUUUAUAUUAGAAGAUCUAAACGAAUCCGGAUACAAAUCAGCUGACAGAAAGAAAGGGCUGGAUUUGGAUCAUUGCAAACUUGUAUUCAGUAAAUUGGCGAAAUUACAUGCCGCUGGCAAAAUCCUCUAUGAAGAUAAUCCAGCUAACUAUAAACAGUUUUCUGAAUGUCCUUUCACUCCAAAAAAUGAACCUUUUCUGAAAUUUGCUGCUACUUGUUUUGAAGCAGCUGCUAAUCAAACCAGAAAAUGGAAUUCAGAGUAUUCGUUAAUUGCAGAUAAAUUAAUCAACCUAAAAGACAAAGUAGCAUCAAAUAUAAAAUCCAUUUACAGAGAAGAUUGUCCAUUCAAAGUUGUUAGUCACGGUGACUUAUGGGUUAAUAAUAUGAUGUUCAGCUACAAAGAUGGCAAGGUGGAUGAUGUAGUUCUGGUGGAUUUUCAAUGCUGCUUUUAUGGAUCUCCAGCAGUUGAUCUAUUGUAUUUUAUCUAUGGAUCAUGCAACGAAGAUGUAUUUUGGAAUAAUAGACAAGAACUUAUUCAAUACUAUUAUAGUAAUUUAUCGGAAGCCUUAAAAUCUCUGAAGUACGAUGGUUAUAUACCCUCGCUCCAAGAGCUCGAGAAAGAAAUGGAAACUUGCAAUUUUAUGGCUGUAUAUACAACAAUAUGCGUAAAACCAAUUAUCAUGCAUGAAGAUAUUAAGGAUUCAGAUGAUAUUUUAGACGAAAUUGGUGAAAAUGCCGCAGCCAUCGAUUCAGUUGUCAGAAAAUAUUCCAACCCAAAAUUAGUCGAUGUUUUUAAAUCCAGACUCAAAAUUAUGGACUCCCAAGAAAUUUUCAAAAUGGUGGCAAGUGGCAAUCAGCAAUUACCAAAAUAUUUUUCCUGUGAGUUCUUUGAAAAGGCCCUUGGAUUGAAAUCGCAAGUUACCAAUUAUGAAGCAUCUUUAGCUGUCGGAAAAGGCGAAAAUUAUACUAGUUCCCUUUACCGAGUGAAACUGAAUUUUAACAACAAUGCAAUGAAAUCGGUAAUUGUAAAAUGUUGCCCGGAAGAUGGCAAAAUGAAGGAGAUGUUAGAUGAAAUGGGAUUUUUUGAUAAAGAAUCUCUGGCGCUAGCAAAAUUUGUACCUGAUGUCUGCGACUUCUUGAAGGGCGCAGGAGUCGGUGUUGAAUUAGGUGCAGGAUUACUUCACUACAAGGAUGAAACUCCCGCUUGCAUAAUUCUCGAAGAUCUAAAGGAAUCUGGUUAUGUUUUAGCUGACAGGAAGACGGGGAUGGAUUUAGAUCAUUGCAAGUUGGUUUUCAAAAAAAUAGCAAGAUUACAUGCUGCUGGAAAAAUUUUAUAUGAAAAAAAUUCUUUGAAAUUCAAGCCGUUUACAGAAUCUUUUAUCAGCUGUACAAAAAAUGAUUCUAUGGAAAAGUUUUGUAAUGCAUGUAUUGGAGCAACAGCGGAACAAGCAAGGCAAUGGGGUGAGGAUUAUUUGACUAUAGCAGACAAACUAGAUAAGAUCAAAUUUGAAGUAAUGGACAGAUUAAAAAUAUUGUAUAGAGCAGAUUGUCCGUUCAGUGUUGUUAACCAUGGAGAUUUGUGGGUCAACAAUAUGAUGUUCAAAUAUGCGGAAGGCCAAGUUGAAGAUGUAAUAUUGCUGGACUUUCAAUGUAUGUUCUACGCUUCUCCUGCAAUUGAUUUAUUAUAUUUUAUAUAUGGAUCAUGUAACGAAGAUGUAUUUUGGAAUAACAGAGAUGAACUUCUUCGUUAUUAUCACGAUAAUUUAAUUUAUGUUAUGCAACAACUUCAAUAUGAUGGAUACAUACCUACGCUUAAGGAUUUAGAGAAAGAACUCGAUCUUUGUAAAUUUAUGGCAUUGUAUACAUCAACUUGUCUGAAACCAAUUUUGAUGCACGAUAACUUUGAGGAAUCAGAUGACAUAAUGGAUGAACUAGAAGGAACAGAUACUGGAAAGGAAUCAAUGCUUAGGAAAUAUUCAAAUCCAAACCUAAAACGUGUUUUGAAGCCACGUCUUAAAUUUAUGGAUAAACAGGGAAUGUUAGAUUAAGCUCACACAAUUAUAAGUAGAGAAUC